AAUCAUCCCUUUUCAAAUAAAUCCUCUCAACAAUUUCAAUCUCAAAUUCUCAUUAACAAUCACACCAACACAAUGGGCUGCGUUUCCUCGAAUCUCCUCACCCACGACGACGAAUUCCCCAAAAUCGGCGGCUUCAGCCACCACUUCGUCUCCCUCACCUCCACCACCUACGGCCUCCUCAACACCCUCGAUCCUCCCCCCGCCGACCCCCUCCCGCCGGAGACCAUCGACGCCUGGGACCUCAUGUCCGACCUCGACGAAAACGCCAACCCUAAUGUCCCAAAUCCGCCCCUAAAUCUCAACAAUUUCCUCGAAAAAUUCGAAAAAAUCUGCCCGCCGAGGGGGGAGAAGCGCGUGGUGCUCUACACCACCAGCCUGCGCGGCGUGAGGAAGACGUUCGAGGACUGCGAGGCGGUGAGGUCCGCGAUCAGGGGGCUGGGGAUCCCGGUGUGCGAGAGGGACAUCUCGAUGCACAGGGGUUUCAGGGAUGAGCUGAGGGAGCUGGUGAAGGGGAAGGCCGCGGAUCACUGCAUUCCUCCGCGGCUGUUUGUGGAGGGGAGGUACGUCGGUGGCGCGGAGGAGGUGAUUGGGAUUGUGGAUGAGGGGUCCAUAGCUGCUCUGGUGCAGGGGCUUCCGAAAUUGGGAGGCGCGUGCGUGUGUGAGGGGUGCGGCGGCGCUGGAUUCUUCCCGUGCUCGGCUUGCCAUGGGAGCUGUAAGAUGGUGAAGGAAGGGUGUGGGAUUGGGGUGAGGAGUGUGGUGGUUAAAUGUGGUGAUUGUAAUGAGAAUGGAUUGGUGCUCUGCCCUGUUUGUUCUUGAAUCUUCAUCAUCUUCUCUCUUGUUUUGAUUAAUGUAUACUACUAUUAUUACUAGUUCAAUAUAUACAGCUGCUUCUGCAAAUUAAGCAUCGGAUUUCUUGGUUCGUGGUAGACAU